AUGCCCAGGCUGCGCGGAACCAAUUCGGCGGGCAGCUCCAAAAACUCCAAACUCGCUGCCCACAAACCGCCGAAUCUGAAGACGGGAGCCAAAGCUUUUGCGGCAAGCGCUGCUACCCAGGCUGCUGCCGCUGGAGCUGCCAAAAAGCCGUCGGCAGGCUAUCAGCAAAAGACGCUCUCACACAGCCUCCAGCAGGAUCUACUGGACGUGUUUCGGCGAGCGCUUGCGCCCGCUCUGGCCUCACCCCGUCUCAACGAGGCGCUGCAGGCCGUGAAGCAAGCCUUGUUCGAACGAGACUUUGCAGGCGCUUUUGGUACUGUCGACGAUGGGGGGUCAAAGAAAGAUGAGCCUCCCGGCACCCAGACCGACGAGGAUGUCGACGGCAGCAUUAAAAAGGAAGGCAAGAGCGUCACGUUUGCCGUCGCUUCGCCAACGUCCGAGGCCAUUCCACCGCCGCUCGAUGCCUAUGCUGCGCGCUGGAGUCCGACACGCGCCCUUUGCUAUGCAUCGAUCCUCUGCAGUCCCGUGGUCCAAGAGCAUUGGAGCGCCGCUUCGGGUUCUGGAACGGAAACGGAAACAGAAACGGAAACGGAAACCAAACCAGCCCUUCGCAUGGUCGCCAUCGGCGGUGGUGCUGCUGAGAUUGUGGCGUUCGGUGCCAUGUUGACAAGUGGCGAGGCGGGAGCCGAUGCGGCCGGUGAUCUCGUUCUUGUCGACUCGGGGCCGUGGGCGAGUGUCGUUGGCCGGUUGCGUUCCUCCAUGGUCGAAGCUCGCUCCGACGGCCGCGUGCCUGCUUUGGUCGAGCCUGCAAAUCGAUUCAACGUCGACGUUCGCUGGCGGGACAUUCUCAAGGUGGACGAUGAAGAAAUGGGCAAGAUGAUCGGCGGGAGCGCAGCCGAUAAAGUGACCACCCUGAUCACCUUGUUCUUCACGCUGAACGAACUCUUCACGGCCGGUGGCCUCGGUGCUGCCGCCACCUUCUUGCUGCGGCUCACAGCUGCCGCGCCACCAGGAACCGCUCUGCUUGUUGUCGAUAGCCCCGGCAGCUAUGCGGAGAUGGCCGUUGGAUCGCAGGCCAGAAAGUACCCCAUGCGGUGGCUUCUGGACAAGUUCCUGCUGCAAGACGCCGAGGGAUGGGACAAAGUGCAUGAAGACGAGGCCACCUGGUUUCGACUGUCGGCGUCGCUGUCCUAUCCUAUCCGUCUCGAGGACAUGCGUUAUCAAAUGCACCUCUACGUGCGAAAAUGA